AUGAUUCCUGCGUUCCCCUCUUCUGCUUCCUCCUCCAGUGAAGGAAAUGACAAUUGUUCAUGCGUGUGUUUUUUCUCUUCUUUGUUUUAUUCAGGAACGUCAGGUCAGCGGGUGAAGGUGAAGCCAGAGGUGGCGUCGUAUCCUGGCCAGACAGUCAACCUGCAAUGUGCCUUCUCAGAUACCGAAGGGAUACAGAUCUCAUUGGUUACAUGGAUCUAUGAGUCAAAGGAUGGCGAGAGGACUAACAUAGCUGUGUUUCACCAAAAAUUUGAUCCGAGCUACCCCAACUCGCCAGUGAAGGGAAGAGUCAGCUUCAUGCCCAAUCCUCCAAACCUGGCCAGCCCUUCCAUCCAGAUAAGCAAUGUUAAGAUGUCUGAUGAGGGGAAAUAUAUCUGUGAAUAUGCAACCUACCCUGAUGGAAAUGAGCAGGGCAUCAUUCAACUGAUCAUGCUGGCUAAGCCCAAAAACACGGCCUCCAUCAUAACGGCGGAUGUGAGCAGCACACCGGUCAGUGUGGCUCGCUGCGAGUCUGCGGAGGGCCGCCCGGCUGCUAAGAUCUCCUGGGUCACCACGGCCAACGGCAACGAAACGACCACGACAAAGCCCGCGGCUGACAACACUGUGACUGUGGCCAGCGAGUACCGUUUGGCUCCCACACCUGCAGACAACGGAAAAGACAUCAGCUGCUUGGUGCAGCACAGGACGCAGGACAAACCAGAGAGCUUCAAGAUGAAGUUGGUCAUUCAGUAUGCCCCUGUGGUGAAAAUAUUGGGGUAUGACAAUAAUUGGUACAUGGGUCGUACAAAUUUGGUGCUCACCUGUCAGGCUGACGCUAACCCCAUUCCACUCUCUGUCAACUGGAGAAGCAUGUCAGGAGAGAUACCAGACACUGUGCAGAUCAACGGCAAUGAGCUGAAGGUGCUGAAGGUGGACGAGGCCAUCAACACUACUUUUGUCUGUGAGGUGAAGAAUCGCUUGGGGAUCAGGAGGGAUCAGGUCACGGUCAUGGUCAGAGAGCCCUCACCAAACCCAUCCAAUGCCGGCGUGGUAGCCGGGGCCGUUAUAGGCUCGCUGCUGGCCCUGCUUUUGGUCGCCGCCCUCAUUGCCGUGCUUGUCACCCGUAGCCGCAGACAGCAGCAGGGCUACCGGGCCAACGGCGGCAGCGACAUGAAGACGCGCAUAUUUGGUGGCGGAAAGAAGGCGAGCAAGAAUGGCACGGGCGGAGGGGCCGGAAGCGGUGGCGUCGGAGGGGGAAACAACAACGGCCCCAUCUACGUUAGCAAUGAAAGCUCAUCUCAUCAGGGCCUGGGAGAGAAAAACAACCACCACCAGCCACUGACCAUGGGGGGCCGGCCCGAAGUCGUUGCCACUACACCCACCGCCCAAGACAUCCUGCUGAGCAACGAAUUAGACGAUGCCGAGAGGAGGAAGUUUGACGAGAUGGAGGAGGAGAGGUAUGACCAUUUCUCCGGAGGAGCUCCCAUCCUUCAACUUCGCCAGCCUCACGACCAGGGCGAUAUGAUUGGAGAUUACCUGGAUGACGACAUGGAGUCCCAGCGGGAUGGCUCGGUCAUCUCUCGAACUGCAGUUUACGUAUAAAGGAGGAGGAGGAGAGGAACGGGGGAGGAGGAGAACAAGAAAAGCAGGCUAUAGAAUUUCUCUUGAGGAUUUGGUGGUUCUGCGGUCGUGUCCCUGUCUGGUAGAUAGAAAGAAAAGAAUACCAUUUUUAUUUUUGCAAUUGAAUUUAAAUGUAUCCUACUAUUAAUCACAGUGCAGCCGCAGAAUGGCCUUGAUUGAAAGAGAGGGUGUGUGGGAAAUUUCAAAAGGAGCGUUAUCAAGUCCCUUGGAGGUGAAAAGCAGAGGAGAAAUGAACAAUCCGUCUCCCAACGCUUCUGCUCAUGCUCUCUCCAUCACUGGGACCUUGACUCUUGACAGAGACUGAAAGGGAAACUGCAUAGUGUGGGAGUAAGAUGGUGGGAUCAUGAUUCAAGCUUACUUAUUAAGGAGGCAUCUUGCUUGCAUAUUCACUCUUACCUUAACUUAAGAAAAAAAAAUUGGGUCGUUGCACAAAUACUUGUUGCCUGUGAUUCUCAGUCCUCCUAAGGGACACCUUUGUUUUGGUAAAGUGUCACGCUGUUACUUCUGGUUUGUUGAUGUUGUUUGUACAGACGGCAACCAUCAGGUGUAUUGGAGAAACUAUUUGCUCAUGCCUUUUAAUGAGUUCCUCUCUCUGCCUUCCUUUAGUACUCUGAAAGCAUCUCUUUAGAUAAUUAGACAUUAGACUCUAGAAAUGAAUUGAACGAAAUUUUUGACGAGCGUUCGCUCCUUUGUGUUUUGCAAAUACAAAAGCAGACAAAUUAUACAAAGUUAGUUUGCAGAGAGUUUGAAACAAUGUCUUAACAAGGUAGUCGCAUGCAAACUUUUGUGCCGUGCCUGGAGGCAAGAGAUGGUAAACAAGUGAUGAGGGAAUGAGGUGCAGCUGAUCUGACAGGGUCAAGGGAUGAAGAGUGGGGAUGCAGGAGGAUGGGAGAUGAGCACGUCUCUUCUCUUCUCUUCCUCCUCAUCCUCAUCUCUUCGGAGCACUGCUGACAGGAGGAGCUUGAUUGGUAAUGAGCCGUGAAGUCGCUCGCUUAGCCGGGACCAACAGAUUGCCACUACUUAUCGUUUAUGACGUGGUAUUUCCUCUCCCUCCUCCCACCUCUAUCUCGCCUUCACCCCUCCAUCUCUCCAUCUUCCUUUAUCCCUCUCUCUCGAGUUUAUGAGGAGUUUAUGAUUUAUCCAGGGCAGAGCUAAGGUCAGGGCUGUAGAGAGCAGGGGAGUAUUUUACCACUGGUGAUGUGUCAAAUGCCCCACUUACUCGACUCCAGCCCUGCCUGCCCCGACAUAUCAGGACUGACUAAUCCACCUGGAGUGGCCCCACUCACUCCGAGCCCCCUGCCUCAUCCGACACCCAAGUAAAAGGCCGGAUGUAACAGGACCUCACCCCCUAAAGUACAGUGGCAUUGGGUAAGACAGAUUUUCCACUAAGGUUAAUAUAAUAUUUCUUUCCAUUAGCAGACAUAAAGCAGUGAAUUGAUUUGGACAUGUAAAGGGUCGGGUAUUGACUAACGGGCAACAUGUGAUGAAAUGGCCCUUUUUUAUGAGACAGGUUCAGGGCUGAUUCUUUCCAGAGUGCUUAAUUAAUCUUUUUAACAAGUCAGCAGAAGUUCGUCUAAGCAAUUAUUACUACCUGUCUCCCGUACGCUGCUGUGUUUGAGGCUCAGUUUCUACAUGGGCAUGCUUUGUAGAAUGCAAACAAUCGUGGUGGCAAGCUUUUCUAUUCAUGCUUUUCCCAGCCUUCUAACCGCUCCCUUCUGACCCCCAGAGGGGAAUCUGGUGAGUCUAGUUCUGAUGAGUGGACCGGCCUCUGCAAAGCCAGCUAAGAUCUGGGUAGGCUCUUGCUUCAGGUCAUGGGGUCAAAGACAGGGUGACUCAUUGCUGAGGGCAAAAAUGACUGUGCUCGCCCGCAUCUCUUAUGAUGGCUAUUUAACCUUGACCUACUGAUGUCGGAGCAACGCUUAAAUACAGACCUUGCAUCUGUAUAGUUGGAGUGGGUCUUCGUUUUCUAUCGUGACGGCCGUUUACCUUCAGACAGGUGGAGAGAGACACAGGAGAGGGAUGACAAAAAUAGAUGGCAUUUAGUAUUGGGGAACUGUGUGGCAUUUUCCUAAGCACGCGUGUUCAGUGGGAAUAUUGUGUAAUGGCCUUAGAUUAUACAUAAAUGCAAUUUCUGUCAAUCUGUGGCAUCCAGAUUUUCACAACCACUACAUAAAAAAAAUGUAUUACUCAUUUUUGCACUGGUUUC